GCGUGGAUGUGUGUGUAUGUGUGUAGAUUAUAUGUGUGUAAUCUGCCUCCACUCGUGUUGAUGUCGACUUGCAGUAACCGACUCUGGCGGUGAAUAGACAGGAUAAAAAUAAAAAUUUUUAAAAAAUUUUAAAAAAGGGGGGAAAAAAUACACGCACGCCAGUAGAACUGUAACACGCCAGCACGACCGCUGACAUGACCAGUCCGGGCUUCCACCGGGUCGAAACGAUGAGCCAGCCUCGACCGGACGAGUUCAAGCCUCCUCCUGAGUGCCCGGUCUUCGAGCCCAGCUGGGAAGAAUUUCGAGAUCCUUAUGCUUUUAUCAAUAAAAUCCGUCCCAUCGCGGAGAAAACGGGAAUUUGCAAAGUCCGACCACCUCCGGACUGGCAGCCUCCAUUUGCGUGUGAUGUCGACAAACUUCACUUUGUUCCUCGGAUUCAGAGGCUCAAUGAACUGGAGGCUCAGACCAGAGUCAAGCUCAACUUUUUGGACCAGAUUGCCAAAUUCUGGGAUUUGCAGGGAUGUUCCCUGAAGAUUCCUCAUGUGGAGAGGAAGAUUUUGGAUUUAUAUAAGCUAAAUAAGCUGGUAGCAGAUGAGGGUGGAUUUGAUGUUGUCUGUCAGGAGCGGCGUUGGACCAGGAUUGCACUACAAAUGGGCUUCGCCCCUGGCAAAGCCGUCGGCUCGCACCUGCGAGGGCAUUAUGAGAGAAUCCUCUAUCCCUACAAUCUGUUUCUGAGUGGAACUAACUUGCUGGCACCAGAUCCAGCUUCCAAACUGAUGCGUUUGGAGGCUGAUCCUGAACUUGAAAAGUGUGUUCAGAAGCCUGUCCAGCCGGCGGAGAGUGCAGAUGACAAGGAGCAGAAGCUGCAGGACCAGGCUCAGAGGCAGCCUCCCCCGCCGCCUGACUCUUGCCCCAGUGCUCGCAGAGCCAAGCGCAUGAAGUGUGAGACCACUUGCGUGAAGACUGAACCAGGUGAGGCAGGCGAGAACCGGCCGAACCUGAGGCGGAGGAUGGGCUCUUUUGUCGCCAAGCCAGAACCAGAAAAGCUGAUUCCCAUUCCAGUGAAACAGGAACCAGUUGAGAGUAAGGAACCAAUAUUUGAAGCCGACAAACCCAAGUCACGGUACAAAAAGAUGAUUCCACCUCUUCCUCCAAGUCCGGUGGAUCUGGUUGUGUGUCUGGUGUGUGGCAGUGGCGGAGAUGAAGACCGCCUGUUGCUGUGUGAUGGCUGUGACGACAGCUACCACACCUUCUGUCUGAUCCCUCCUCUGCACGACAUCCCUAAAGGAGACUGGAGAUGUCCUAAGUGUCUGGCUCAGGUGAUGAUAAACAGCAAGGAAUGCAACAAACCUCAUGAGGCGUUCGGGUUUGAACAAGCGUACAGAGAUUAUUCUCUACGUGCGUUUGGCCAAAUGGCAGAUGCUUUCAAAUCAGAUUACUUCAACAUGCCGGUUCAUAUGGUACCCACAGAGCUGGUAGAGAAGGAAUUCUGGCGUUUGGUUGGCGCCAUCGAGGAAGACGUAACUGUAGAAUAUGGAGCAGAUAUCGCCUCAAAGGAGUUUGGCAGUGGAUUCCCCAUUCCUAAUGGAAAGUUUAAGGUUUCCCCAGCAGAUGAGAAGUACCUCAAAUGUGGUUGGAACCUCAACAACCUGGCCAUGAUGAACCCGUCUGUGCUGACUCACGUAACAGCCGACAUCUGUGGGAUGACGCUGCCGUGGCUUUAUGUUGGCAUGUGCUUCUCCUCCUUCUGCUGGCACAUUGAGGAUCACUGGAGCUACUCCAUCAACUACCUACACUGGGGAGAACCCAAAACCUGGUAUGGAGCUCCUGGUUUUGCUGCAGAGCAGCUGGAGGAGGUGAUGAAGAAAUUGGCUCCAGAGCUGUUUGAGUCCCAGCCUGACCUGUUACACCAGCUGGUCACCAUCAUGAACCCCAACACCCUGAUGGACUACGGUGUCCCAAUUUACAGAACAAACCAGUGUGCUGGUGAGUUUGUCAUUACGUUUCCCAGAGCAUAUCACAGUGGCUUCAAUCAGGGCUUUAACUUUGCCGAGGCAGUCAACUUCUGCACUGUGGACUGGAUGCCUCUGGGCAGACAGUGUGUCGAACACUAUCGGAUGCUGCACCGGUACAAUGUCUUCUCCCAUGAUGAGAUGGUGUGCAACAUGGCCUCAAAAGCAGACAGACUCAACAUGGUCCUGGCCUCAGCAGUCCACAAGGACAUGGUCCUCAUGAUCCAAGAAGAAAAGGAACAAAGGGAUAAAGUGAAGAAAAUGGGUGUGUUGCACUGCAUGGAGGCAAAAUACGACCACCUCCAAGAUGAUGAGCGGCAGUGUGCCAAGUGCAGGACCACCUGCUACCUUUCUGCUAUCACCUGUCCCUGCAGCCCAGGAGUCCUGGUCUGUCUUUACCACAUCAACGACCUCUGCUCCUGCCCCAUCACCAACUACACUCUGAAUUACAGAUACACACUGGAUGACCUGCUCCCCAUGAUGAAUGCUGUGAAGCAGCGAGCUGAGCUGUACGAUCAAUGGGCCUGCCGCGUGACAGAGACUCUAGAGGCUAAACUGGAAAAGAAAAAAGGCCUGCCGGUCUUUCGCUCCCUUCUGGCUGAGUCAGAGUCCAAGCUGUUUCCCGACAACGACCUGCUGCGCCGGCUGCGUCUGGUCACACAAGAUGCAGAGAAAUGCGCCUCAGUGGCGCAGCAGCUGCUGAACGGCAAGAAGCAGACCAGGUAUCGGUGUGGUAGUGGGAAGUCACGGAGCCAGCUGACUGUAGAGGAGCUCAGCUCGUUUGUGAGGCAGCUGUAUAACCUCUCCUGCAGCCUCCCUCAGGCACCCAUGCUGAAGGAACUCUUAAAUCGCAUCGAAGACUUCCAGCAGCACAGCGAGAAGGUCCUGGCAGACGAAGCUCCCAGCGUGGCUGAGAUCCAGAGCCUGUUAGAUAUCAGCUUUGACUUUGACGUGGACCUACCGGAGCUGCCUCGGCUGAGGGUGAGGCUGGAACAAGCGCGGUGGCUGGAGGGCGUGCAGCAGGCCAGCGUCCAGCCCGCCAACCUCUCUCUGGAGACCAUGAGGAGGCUCAUCGACCAGGGAGUUGGUCUGGCACCUCAUCCAUCUGUGGAGAAAGCCAUGGCACGCCUCCAGGAGCAGCUCACUCUGUCCGAGCACUGGGAGGACAAGGCGAGCAGUCUUCUUAAGGCCAGGCCCCCACACUCCAUAGAAACUCUCAGCACGGCUGCUGAGAAGGCCUCUGCGAUCCCUGCUUACCUCCCAAACUGUCUCCUCCUGAAAGACACCAUCAGAAAAGCUCGUGAGUGGCUUCAAGAAAACGAGGAGCUGCAGGCCAGCGGCUGUGUGCUUAUGGUGGACCGUCUUUCUGACAUGGUGUUGCGAGGACAAGCCAUCCAGGUCCACCUGGAGCCUUUAGAGAGGCUCGAGUCUUUAUUGCUGGAUGUGCAGAAAUGGAAAGAAUCUGCAGCAACAACUUUCCUUGAAAAAGAUUCAACCCUCACCUUACUAGAGGUUCUGUGUCCGAGAUUGGAAGUUGGAAAUGUGGCAUCUCCAAAGAGGAAGGCCAAGAAAGGGAAAGAAUGGCCUAAAAACAACAAAAAGAAAACUGCUCGGCUCAACACUCUCUGUGAUGUGGAAAAAGUCCUUUCACAGAGCAAGGACUCUACCUCUGCUACGGCAACUCUGGAGGAGCUGCGUGUGAGGGAGAUGGAAACUUUCUCUAAUCUCAGGGCAGCAAACGAGUCAAAGCUCCUUCCCACUGCUGACUGCAUGGACCUCAAGGUGUGUUUCUGCCAGAAGGCACCUAUGGGUGCCAUGCUGCAGUGUGAACUCUGCAGGGAUGCCUUCCACAGCGUGUGCGUGAGAGACCUGUCAGACUCCUGCGAGGCCCGGCCGUGGCUCUGUCCGUAUUGCCAGCGAUCAGAAAAGCCCCCACUGAAUGAAGUCCUCUCCCUGCUAGCAUCUCUGCAGCACAUCCAGGUGCGUCUGCCAGAGGGCGACUCUCUGAACUAUCUGGUAGAGAGGACACUUAACUGGCAGCAGCGAGCGCAGCAGAUUUCACAGGCGUGCAAUUUCCCAGAACUAGAAGAGAGACCAGGAACCCCUCCCACACUAACCCACUGGGUGUCAGGCUGCGACACUCAGGUCAACAACGCUCAGGCUCCAUGUUUGACUCCAGAGUGGAAUAGGACAAGCCAUGCUCAGACUGUCUUCUACACCGAGCAGAGAUGCAUCCCACUGCAGGGGUUGAAUCACGACCUGGAGGAGCUGUUAGUGGAGGGGCUCCUGCUGCAGGUGUCUCUGCCACAGCUCCAGAGCCUUUACCACGUUUUAUUGGACAGAGCCAGCAGCCAGCACACAAACAGAUGCAUGUCGCCAUUGCAGGAGGAGGCCUCCGACUCUGACAAACACAUGCAGUUUAUCUCUCAGGGAACAAAUAUGCCACUGAACCAGGAUAGUACCAGCAGCACAAGGGAAACCAUGACUGGCUCAGAGAGGAAAACUAAGAGGCAUCUGGAGAGGGAAGGUUUAGAUGCAGAGCGCAAGGGGAAGGACAAAAAGCACUCUCACAAAAGACAGAAGAUCAAUAAAAAGAAGGCUCAGCGCCGGGCAGCUUCGACCUCAUCGUCACCUCGCUCUGAUUUCUCCCAGUCUGACGACUCCGACGAAGAAAUGGCCGUGUGUCCAGCAGAGAGCUGUCAGCAGCCAGAAGGAGAUGAGGUGGAUUGGGUCCAGUGUGACGGCAGCUGCAAUCAGUGGUUUCACCAAGUGUGUGUUGGCGUUACGGCGGAGAUGGCCGAGAAGGAGGACUAUAUUUGUGUCACGUGUACACUGAAUGAUGGACACAUGAGAAAAUGAGGAGACUCCAGAGUUUCCCCGGAAGUCUGCGCGUCCCCAGUCCGUUACUGGAGCCUCGAGUCUGGAUGUGUCACUGAUCCCGUUCCCUUCCUCACCCCACCCCGGGCCCGUCUGUCCCACCCUUUUGUAACAACGGUGCUAUCUCCUCUUUGACUUGUCGUCCGAAACUAUAAUGUUUAGUUAUUUUUUUGUAUUUUUACAUAUAUAUUAUAUAUAUUUCUUUCUUCUGAUGAAUUGUUGUGUGGUGUUUAAAUGGGGAAAAAAAACAGGAUGUGAAGUGUGCUGCAUGGGAUUCUGUUUCAUCGGCGCAGAGGAGUCUUACACCAUGAUACCCAAGUAAAGAGAGUUAAGGUUAAAAUUAUCUUCUUUGGAACCUCCUUGCAUGAUUAACCAGAUCUAUGGGGACAGAAGUUGAGGUAAUCACCCCCUGAACCCCCUCAAGAAGUAACUAUUGCAAUUUUUCUUUUUUCUGUUGUUUUUUUUUUUUCUUUGAAUUCCAUUGUUUAGUACAUGCAUCUUAAUAUAAUUAUUCCUCUUUUUUUGUAGAAUAGGUUUAUUUAUCUGAGCAAUAAUUUUUGUCUGAAUUGACUUAAAUGGCUUGAUCUCCGCUGAGUUGUGUUUUAGCGAUGGUGGUGUGAUGUACAGAAAGUUCCACAGAUGGAUGGGUGACAGCUGUGGAGACACACCUGAGCAGGCUGAAGGAAAAACAUGCUGCUAACAGGCAGAUCCACAGACUGGAACCCAGCAUAAAAUACUGAGGGAAAGACUCGGAAAGGGUGAAGAUGUUACAAGUUUAUAUUGUGGAAUAAAGCCUGUUUGUUCUA